GUUGGCGUAUUUCUGCUCUGAUCGCUGCAAAACGGACUGGGAGGACGACCUGGGCAACGUGGGCAGAGAAGCGUGGUCUUGUGUGGAGACGUGGAUGAAAAAGGCGGGGAAGAAACCAGAUGAGUUGGCUGAGCCGAAACCAAACGAGGCGGAGAUAAACUCGGCUUGGAAAGAGGCUGAGAGUGUCGGCAUGCAGAUUCUCGAGUCGAGGUCUACGACGGCACCGACCAAAAAUCAUCGCCGAGCCCUCGCCAAUGCAUUAUCGUUGCCACCGUUCCCGGACACGAUGGCUCUAUUGCUCUCCGGCAUUUUGACAGCUUACUCUCGACCGGAGAUGUUCAAUCUCAUGCUCCACUUGGAACUAGUCUCGCAGCCUUACCGGUCGCCGAUACACUUCCAGAGUCAUCUCUCGUCCUAUAAAACGAUGCUGGCCCUACUUCCCCGGGCACUGUUGCCGUUUGUCACUCCGCGCAAUUUUCGGGCAAUAGCGAGUCGAGACGUACACAACAGCUUCGGGAUCUGGAGUCACCCGGGAGAUUCGACCGCCGAAAUGCUAGGAUUUGGAAUUUGGCCCGACGCCUCGUUCUUCAAUCAUUCGUGCGCGCCGAACAUGGGGACGAAGGAUCGGCUUGGUCGCGCAUGGGAAUUCAGGUCGUCCAAACAAAUUCAGAAAGACGAGGAGCUGUUCAUAUCGUACCUGAGCUUAGAAGAACUUGAAGAGAUGGACGCGUUCGCGAGGCGGGAGCGGCUUCAGAAUGUAUGGGGUUUUGAAUGCUCGUGUCAUAGAUGCAGGAUAGAAAUAGAAGGCAACGAGUCUUGA